CAACCCCAGCGAAAUGCCGAGUCCCAAUGUCCCAAUGGCGACUCAAAGGAUAUGUUAAAGAUUCAGAUGAAGAAGACGAGGAUCUUGACACACUUUCUAUCAAUUCUUCCCCGCCUGUUCGAAUCGCUCACGAAGAACGCGUCGCUAUCGCUUGCUUAAGUCCUACAUCUCCACCACAGGUCCACAGCCCCUGCACCCAGAACCUUGAACCACAUGUAUAUGCCAAAGGCUUGCAGAAUACACCUUCGGGACCUUCGUUCAUUCGCCAGUGGGCUUCUCCAGCACCAUCCCUUGAGGCCGAACAACGCCGCGAAACCGAAAGUCCUGACCCACCCCAAGUCUCGAAUAGAUCACAACACAGCACGAAGCCACCGGUAACUUCGCAGCCGAUCGGGGUUUCAAACCUAUUUAAGCUUGAGCUUCUUUCGGAAUCAGAAACCGACGACGAUUCGUCACGGCCGCCUGCAAAUAAUCCGCAAGAUGUCGUUUUUCUGUCGCCGCAGCGUCGGACAAAGGUACAGGUGGUCAUACCCCAGCCGCCGUCUGUUGAGAGGGAGUCUGCCGAGCAGAGAACCUGUCGGUCGUUUCGAGCACGGAGACCCAUACAGUUGCAUCCAUACCUCCUCGAAGGCGAGCGCUAUCGCCGCGAAUGUCAACGGCGUGGUAUUAAGCCAGUGGUUAGAGUGAGAUCGCCACCGCGUAGAAGCGGCUCCGUUGGUGCAGAGACACAAGAACAAGACUUUCAUCCCGAACAGGAGAGCUUCUCCAACAGUCCAUUAGAUGUCGUUAGGUCAACACCCAGCGGUAGCCGGGCGAACCAUGAUGCAAGCUCAAACCGGCGCUCCAUUGCAUACACCAGAUACAACUCUCGCAGGAACUUAGAGACUCACCCCCCUUCCCAUGGAUCAAAUGUUUCGGCUCGCACUUCUAGCACUACUAACUCUGAUCACGGUAUUGGAUCAACCACUCACGGCGAUAUUUGGGCAAUUCCGCACUCCCCCCCAUAUUCGAGCAGCCCUUUGCUGGAUAGGAGCAACUCUGCCCUACGCAGGAUAGGAAGACACAGGGCUGCAACACCUCUGCCAAACUUACCAACUCCAUCAAAUUCAUCGAGUGUCCGAAAUGAUGCUCAACUUGUUGCGGAAGUUGACUCGGAUUCCAGCGCCUCCCCGGUGCAGCAAGUAGGAACGCAGCGAAAUACACUCAUUUCGACGAUACUGAGCGAUGACUUGUGCUCGGAUUCAAUCUCGUCUGGAACAGAUUCGGAAGGGAGCGAGAGCCAAAUCAGACGCGUGGGCAAGAGAAUAAAAGGCGUGCUUCCUGCAUCAUGGCUCCGUCUUAAUAGGCAAGCACAGGAGAAACGACAAGAGCAGGCAAGAGAGCGGAAGACGCUCCUAUUCUCUCUAGGAAAGGUUGAGGCUCAGCGAGGAGUCGCUCAGAGAGUCACAAAACGUCCCAAAAGUCUAGGAAUCACCUCUUCAUCAACAGCUCAAGCGAACGAAGUCAUUGUUAUCUCUGAUGAGUCCGAUGAUGAGCCUGCGAUACCUUUUCAUGCCGAUGCAAAUGACAUCCAGCAAUCGGCUAAGGUAGCCUCCGAGAUGGCAGCUACGUUGGAUCAACGUUACGCUGUGGACGACGUGGACAAUAUGGAGAAUGACCGUCUACAAUUGUUCCCACUUGGCGGAAACGCCAGAAAGCGAAGACGCCAAACAAAGCUCACUGAUACAUUUUCCAAACCAAGGAAGAAAUCAAGAUUGUUUGAAGACGAUUUUACAGACUUGGUGCCAUCAGUUGGGGUUCUUACCUCUAGACGACAACGUCAAAAGGGGGAAACAAAGAGAAAUAUACAUACUCUCCCUUCUCUGAGCAUUCUUGACGUGGACGAGACAGCAUCGCAAGGCCAGCAUUCGGUACCUCAGUUCAUCAGAUUGGCGAAUAGACAAGCCCGACGGCGAUCCGACAAAGCUCGACAGAGUCCACACAACAAGUACAUUAGGUUACACACCUAUCGUGAGACUGAGGAGGCUACUUUGACACUUCGGCGGUGGAGGGCUGGCUCAAUAAAACCAACUAUAGAGCCUGGAACCCCCACUGAGCAGCGCCCAGACCGCAUCCCCCUAUCUAAUCGAAUCGACAAUCAGCAACACACUCAACUGCUACCAGAUUCUAGCAAGCACUCAGCUGCGUCUCCAAGCACAUCUGAAGUACCAAAGUCUUGGCAAGAGCGUAGAAAGAGGUCCUGCGUGGGACUCCUGGUCUCCCGUGGGAAUACCCAUGUAACUGUCCCCUUUACCCAACUCAACACUCGAUCCUCAUCUUCUAAGAAAGCUAUUUCGAAUCACAUUCGUCAGCAUUCUCCGUUUCGGGCUGCACAACUUGAAGGACUUGAAGUGGAAUUCGGUCGGAGCAAUCGCAGAAUUGCAUUUGAAAGAGGACUGCAGAACUUUGACAAGCAAUAUCGCUUCCAAAUGACACAUGAACAUCUCUCAAGGAACCCACAGCUAUUCAAAUUCCUUACUAGCAAUGCCGUCUUUCCACCGUUACCCACUGUCAAAGAUAUGGGCGAGAAGCAAACCGCCUCAAGAGACGCAAAGUCCCCUGUUAGAAAGCCUAGAAUCGCCCGCAAGUUCCAGGCCCGAAGAAUUGACGCUGAUACUCGCGAGUUCCGACAGCCAAGUGAACCGACACUGCAGGAUCAUGUUUUGGACGCCACUGCCAACACGGAUACCGUGAUCGACCUUCAAGGCCUACAAGGUCUUCCCCCAUUUGGCACCCGUUUUCCGACCACUUUCGAUGUCACUCCUCUUGCUGUUGGCACUUAUUUUGAAACGCGGAGCUUCCUUGGGAGCGAAGAAUUUCGUCGAUCGCUCCAGACAGGGCACAGAGACCUGGAUUUAUUUGCUGGCCAUCUCAUUGUUCACCAUGAUGAGGAGGAAACCGAAUGUGGUCCCUGGAAUGAGGCGACGUACUCCAGAAUUGCCGAGUGGAGUCAUGGUAUUUGGCAGACUUUGGACAACCCGUCAUUAGGUAGCCAUGAGCUGGUCAUGGCAAUGGAAAAAGCCCUCCAAAGAUCUUCUGAAAUAUUGAGGUCGUUGAUCACGUAUUUUUCAGCAUAUUUGAGCUUUUCAGACGUCGUCGAUCGCCGGAAUUGCACAUCGAGAAUGAAGCAAUUCUUAGAGUCGCUUUUCAGCAGAACGCUGCAGGCCCAUGCUCUGCUAACUGCAGAAUGCAAAUCGACAGCUGAAUGCAGCCAUCAAAGCGUGCGUACAUUGACGUAUCUUCUAGUUCUUAGUAUGCAAGUUCGCGAGAUAGCGAGACAUUCUUCAGUAGAGCCUUCAGUACAGACCGGAGUCGCGGCAUUUAUGAGCAGUACUUUCCAGACUGUUGUCGAACAUCUCGUCCGCAAAGGAGUACCCGAGCUAGGGGAUUUCCUGGAGAGAAUCAAGAGCUACAAGGAGCGAGAAAAUGGCAUCCGGGAUAAUGACAUUCUCGCGGAAUCUCUAGUCAUCUGUAUGCAUAUGUCAGAUCUCUCAAAAGGCCCUGGAGAGAUGUUAUGGGAUGCUGUCAGCCAAGAACUGUCUCGACAGACAGUCAACGCAACACAAUUUAAGGCCUUUGAGUCUAUCUGGGUCACGGCUUUUACUUUCCUGCCAUUCUCCGAAUUCGAUCCGUCAGGAAUCUUCGUGGUUAAUCGCAGGGCAUCCACUCCUAUCGGGAGCUGGACCUUUGUGAAGGACCUUUUGAAACGACUCUUUUCGUUGUAUCCCGACACGGUCAAAUUGCACGACUCCUCCAUGAACGAAUAUAUCAGGGCAACUUUGACAAGGUGCCACGUCCUCAUCCGUAUCUGGAACUGGACCAAAUGCGAACCCAUGUUGAGCGCUGUUUUCGAUUUUUUUGGAAAACGUGGCCUCCGACAAUUGCAACACGAAGAAGGCAGAGGGUCGCCUCGAUUCCUCGAGAACUUUUCAAACCACCCUUCUUUAGACGUGGUCUCGAACGACAGUGCGUUCCAUAUUUUCCUCAAGUGUUUAGCUCUGGGGCUCAAAGCAAUGCCGAAUUUGUAUCCGGAGAAGAAAAUCCGCAGCAUUGUUCUUCGAUGCACUCCAAAUCAUGGUCGAGGUUAUCCGAAAGAUCAGCCCAUGGCACAAGCAGAUCUGGACUCACUUCGAAAUCACCACGAUCUACUGUGUACGCUCCAUUUGGCGUCCCCUCCCUCUUGCCGACCCAAGGUGGAUAUCAUCCGAGGCUUGGUAUAUCAUGAAACAUCGCAUCGAGAAGCUUGCAGGUUGAGUGUACGAGCCUGGGCAAUCCUGGCUGCAUUCCAACUAUCGGUCGAUGAGCCGUACGCUGAAAUGCAACCGCUUGCCCUAUGGCACAAAGAAAUAAUUCAGCACACUCUGAAACAAUACAAAUUGGCAAAUAUUGAGGCUGAAGAGUAUUUCAAAUCUGCACAAUCAGACGGGACCACAAAGAUAUCUGCCCAGAUGGUCCGAACAACUGUCAACAAGAAUCAAGCCCAAGUCAUUGCGACGAUUCGAGACUGUAUUGCAGGUAUGCAAAACGCGAUCAAGAGUGGUAGUGGACGAGGCGCAAACUUCCUCACAGAAAGCGGCAUUAUUCAACUACUCGAGCUUGCUGAUGUGGAUGAUCCUCGCUUAACAAUCGUCAUUCGGGAAACGCUCUACGUUCUCAAAGAAUUUGCCGCGCUCAGGCAGCGGGAUACAAAUGCAGGUGUUGACCAACAAACGAGUGAAGAAAGUCAAGACUAUGGAGAGUUUCCAGAAUUGGAUGACGUGGAGGGUCUUCAGCAAACCCCUUCCGUUGGUUCCCUUGAAUUCAUUGAGACUCCUUUGUGGCACCUCCUUUCAAACGCAUUUGGUGCAGAACGCCCGCUGGAUGAUGGUCUUUUGAAGGAUUGCGUGGAUACCUGGGUUCUAAUCGUAGGCAGCCAAGUGUCGGCACGAGAACGAUCGUGGGACCACUACAUCGACUCUUUCAGCCAGGUGUCGUGGCAUCAACUUCGCGAUACAAUCCAAACACGCAAGUUUACACCUUACUUCAUGGCUUCACUAGUGACCUACGAUUCGAGAUCUAUUAAAGAGCAUCAACGCGAAUUCUUCACCGCUUGGCUUGUAUCUCUGGUGGAACGUGAGUCGAUGCUCCGAUUCCAACAUCGCCUGACAAAAGCUAUUGUCCAAGUUCAAUCUCACCACCCUCUGCUGCAGAAUUUGCCUUUCCUCCAAGAUCCCCGUACUGGUCACCUUGAUGUCACAUUUGACACAUUACGCACCCGGCGCCUAGCACUGCUCUCCAGUAUUCUAGCAAACAUGCGCGAUGAUCUUCACACAGCGAUACUUGACGACCCAAGCCGAGUGGCAGACACCAAGCGAGAGUACGCUUCGAUGCUCAAAGAAUUGAUGAACGCAAUGAAGAAAAAUUAUCAAGAUCUCAGGCAUGGCACCACAGUAAUUGGUGCCUAUGUCGAGUUCGUCCAGAAAAUUGUACAGUUUCUCCAACAAUACACUUCCGACAUCUGUGCCGUAUCGACUUUCUUUACAGACUCGGCCGCUUUCCCUCUGCCAGCAACAGAUCCGACAUAUGUUGUUGGUCGCUUAUGCGGCUAUGCUCCAAAGCUUGCAAGUCCAGGCGUUGCUAAGCAGCUGUCCACCUUCAUACAAACGGUGGCGCAACAAGCAGCCUUAGACAGCCAACAACCAUACCUCGUCAAUCAGCUAUCAUCCGCUCUUUCCGCUAAUGGCCCUGAUUUCGCUGAUGGAUCAGCCCUGCGAAGGAUGCUCCUACAGGGUGUUUUCCCAGCUUACAUCAAGGCUUCCUUUGAGAGUGCCAUUGGACUGGUCAUUGCCAAGCCAAUCCUUCAAUCGCUCAAGUCAAUAUUGGAUGCACUCUUCUUCGAUCUUAGAGUCACGGACACAUCAAACGUCCGGUGCUUUACCGAAACAAUUUCUGCCGUUCUCCACGCAUUCGUUCAAGGUGCAGAAAGGUUGAUAGGACGUCCUUUCCUUCUUAAUCAAGUACAUGUGCUUCAAACGAUCGAAAUGCUUCUUGAUGCCUCUGUCUCCAUCCUCCCGAUGCUCGACUACAUCCAAGGGAGAACCUCACGGUCCGUAGCUCAGCCCCCGUUUAUCGCAUACCUUGAACAAUUCAGCAUAUUUGUUUCUGCAGCCAUACACAACAAAGUACCAGACACAGUGCCCGGCUUCGAUGGGCCCACAAACUCAGCUAGUCCGCCAUGCUCAGAUCUUCUUUUUUUCAGCAUACAGGGUCUUCAAGAGAGUAUGAACAGCAAUUGGAAGGUGGAUCAGGGCAGGAUCUUCUUUGGUCAAGGCCAUGCUAGGAGAGAAGUUUUUGUAGAUUUAGGAUUGGUGGAAGAGGAAAAAGCGAUAACUGAGUCCGCCAUUGAGAGAUUCCAUCAAGCUCUGAGGUGUGUGUACGGUGAUGAGUUUAACGAAAGAUAUCAUUAUCCAAUGUUCAGCUUCGGCUUUAUGUAGCGGCAUUGUAGGCGUUUUUGGUUGUGGG